CCCUGUGUCCAGUCUUGAUUCAAACAGAUGUGUUUAUUUGUAGCCUUGGUAGCUAAACUAACAAGAUAGAUAAGUCAUUAAAUCUAGGUCCAAAAUGUCGGAUUUUGAUGAAUUCGAGAGACUGUUGACUGAAAAUAAGAAAGAGCGGGACAAGGAGAAUCGGCACGGGCGGCGUACCUUGUCCCGCAGUCGCAGCCGAGAGAGGAAGAAGAGGAGCUGGGAAAGGAGGAAGAGCAGGGAUAGCCGCAGCGACAGCAAGGACCGUCAACACAGGCGCAGCACACAGACUCAAAAACAAUCCCAAGAGACUGUUGUGAGUCGCUCUCCAGCUCUGCACAGAGAGAAGAAGAAGAAAGUGAGGAAGUACUGGGAUGUCCCGGCACCGGGCUUUGAGCAUAUCACCCCCCUACAGUACAAGGCUAUGCAGGCUGCUGGCCAGAUCCCAGCCACGGCCCUGCUGCCCACCAUGAUAACUCCAGAGGGGCUGGCCUCCACCCACACUUCUGUACCCAUGGUGGGCAGCCAAAUGACCAGGCAGGCCAGGAGGCUCUACGUAGGCAACAUACCGUUCGGCAUCACAGAGGAGGCCAUGAUGGAUUUCUUCAAUGCCCAGAUGCGCCUCGGCGGUCUUACCCAGGCCACUGGCAACCCUGUUCUAGCUGUGCAGAUAAACCAGGACAAGAACUUUGCCUUCCUCGAGUUCCGCUCGGUGGACGAGACAACCCAGGCCAUGGCCUUUGACGGCAUCAUCUUCCAGGGUCAGAGCCUGAAGAUCAGACGGCCUCACGACUACCAGCCCCUUCCCGGCAUGAGUGAGAGCCCCAGUGUCUAUGUACCAGGAGUGGUUUCGACUGUUGUGCCAGACUCCGCCCACAAACUCUUCAUCGGUGGCUUGCCAAAUUAUCUCAAUGAUGAUCAGGUAAAAGAGCUAUUGACCUCCUUUGGCCCUCUGAAGGCCUUCAACCUGGUCAAAGACAGCGCCACGGGACUCUCCAAGGGCUACGCCUUCUGUGAAUAUGUGGACAUCAAUUUGAAUGACCAGGCCAUUGCAGGGUUGAAUGGGAUGCAGCUGGGGGACAAGAAGCUCCUGGUCCAGAGAGCCAGUGUUGGGGCCAAGAACGCAGCUCUGACGGGUAUGAACCAGACCCCAGUGACCCUCCAAGUGCCAGGCCUGAUGCCAACCUCCAUGGCCUCGCUGGGUGGCCUGCCCACUGAGGUGCUCUGCCUGAUGAACAUGGUGGCUGUGGAGGAGCUGCUGGAUGACGAGGAGUACGAGGAGAUCGUGGAAGACGUCCGCGGUGAGUGCAGCAAGUACGGCCAGGUGAAGAGCAUCGAGAUCCCCCGGCCUGUGGAUGGCCUGGAGGUCCCAGGCAUUGGGAAGAUCUUUGUGGAGUUCAUGACCCUGUUUGACUCCCAGAAGGCCAUGCAGGCGCUGACAGGCAGGAAGUUUGCCAACAGGAUGGUGAUGACCAAGUACUGUGACCCGGACGCCUACCACCGCCGGGACUUCUGGUAGACCUGAGAACCAGAAAAAGGGAGAAUAGCAGAGUUUCAUGUUAUUUAUGUAAUUAUAUGAAUAUUUAUGAGCAUCACAACACUCCUAACUUUUUGCACUUUUUUAAAGAGGAGGCGUAGAAAGUUCAUUUAAGGCCACUUAUCACUGUAAAAUCAGCAGAAUUGGUUGAAGUAUUACUUUUCGCCUCAUCGCUUAUGAGUAUAUGAUUUUAUUCAAUGAAUCAAGUUCAAUCAUGAUUUUAACCAUUUUAUUUUGCCAUGCCUGAGCCAGAGGUACCAGGUGUUUUUUGUUACACUACAUGACCAAACAUAUGUGGACACCUGCUUGUCGAACAUCUCAUUCCAAAAUCAUGGGCAUUAAU